AUGCUCCCGUCAUCGUCAUUUCAGACCUCCAAAGUCUUCUGCGUGUCACUUGAACAGGGAAAUCUGGGAUUUCAUCAUUCAGGUCGACUUCCAUUCACCGACUUGGACAUCGGUGUUGAGACCAAAGGAUUGGCAGACGAAGCCGUGUUGUGGUUUGGGUAUGCACUUGAUGAUGGACCUCUCUGCCUUCAAGCAGGUGCAGGUGCCAGCGCUGCUUCUCCGACCAUCUUCAUCGUGACACGUACCCAAGACUUGAGUGAGCGUCUGAUGUCUCUAUCCCUCCAGGCCGACAAGGCUUACUGA